ACCAGGAAGCGGCUAGGCUGGGAGCUGUCCCCGGUUCUUCACUCGGCUCUCGAGGCCCCUUCCCGGGGUCCUUACGCCGUGUUCCUCUGUCCUGCGUGGUCCUUGCCACGACCUGGGCUCCGGCCCGGGCCGAUCACUCCGGAGCCACCAUGUCAUCCGACUUCGAAGGCUACGAGCAGGACUUCGCAGUGCUCACGGCAGAGAUCACCAGCAAGAUUGCGAGGGUCCCCCGACUCCCUCCUGAUGAGAAGAAGCAGAUGGUUGCAAAUGUGGAGAAACAGCUCGAAGAAGCAAAAGAACUGCUUGAACAGAUGGAUCUGGAAGUCCGAGAGAUACCACCCCAAAGUCGAGGAAUGUACAGCAACAGGAUGCGAAGCUACAAACAAGAAAUGGGGAAACUUGAAACAGAUUUUAAAAGGUCACGGAUCGCCUACAGUGACGAAGUACGGAAUGAGCUCCUAGGGGAUGAUGGGAAUUCCUCAGAGAACCAGAGGGCACAUCUGCUCGAUAACACAGAGAGACUGGAAAGGUCAUCUCGGAGACUAGAGGCUGGAUACCAAAUAGCAGUGGAAACCGAGCAAAUUGGCCAGGAGAUGUUGGAAAACCUCAGUCAUGACAGAGAAAAAAUACAGCGUGCACGUGAACGACUUCGGGAAACAGAUGCUAACUUGGGGAAAAGCUCCAGGGUUCUGACGGGGAUGUUGCGAAGAAUCAUCCAGAACCGCAUCCUGGUCGUCAUCUUGGCCAUCAUCCUGGUCGUCACCAUCCUGAUGGCGAUCACUUUUUCUGUCAGAAGACACUGAUGGAUCUGCUCUUCCCUGAUAAACAGCAACAGCGGCGCGUUCUGAGUAAUUAAGACAAAAUGGUCACAUGAAUCAUUCUUUUGCGCUGACAGGCCCUGAAUGACCCUCCCUCUUUUCACCCCUGUUCAGCUCAAGUGCAAAGGGUGUAAAAAUAUUUUCUAUUCCUGUUUGCAUGUGGGUCGGUUUCCUUUUCUAGGCUUGUCUUCACCCAGAUUUGUUUUUUGUAGGGGAAGGUGAAUGUUUAUUUGCCUUUUGGUGAUUUCAUCUCCUAACCAAAAUAGCCUUGGUGACAUUCUUCCUUGCCCUGUGGACAUGUCAGGGGUCACGGUUUGGGAUAGGGCAUGAUGAGUCAGCCGUGGGGCAUCUGAUGGGCUGUGCUGUUUGUCACACAUCUCUUGUCACCAAAUUGCCCUUCUGUGAUGUCCAAGGAUAAAAAUGCAGAGAAAAACAGGGGCCAGAGCCAGUGACUGGCUCCAGCAAACCAGCUCUGUUCUACCCAGGCAUACUGAAGAUAGUCUGCCUACCUGAGUGCUUUCACUGAAAAGGUGGCUAUUUAAUGUCAGUUGUGCAGGAAAUUGACUUAGCACUUUCUCUGUUUUUCUAUGCAUAUAUAUAUAUAUAUUUUUUUUUUUUUUUUUACAGCCAAGAAUAUUAUUGCUGAGCCUGCCCAAGAUCCACUUUCCACAACUUUGAUUACUGGCUACAUGAAAUAUUUCCUUACCUUCCCCAAA